AACAAAGUUAUCCAUUGUACUAAGAAAAUGGAGUCCACCGGGCAUGUGCGAAAACAAAAUAGUGUUGGGUGACGAUUUGCUGCCAAUUUUCUGUGGAGUUGGUCCCUUUGCACGUUUUCGUCGCUCACAAGAUGUUGGAAGGCAAAACAUGUCCGUUGUGUGACAGACUAGGUCAGAGAAGUCUUCUGAAAAGUUACCAGAUAAACCUUGAAGAGGCGGUAACAAUUUGUGCAAAUGAAAAAUGCACAUAUCCACUAUCAGACAGCCUGUAUGGUUUGACUUUCUCUCGUCAAGUCUCUGAGGUGCAGGCGUCUAGGCAGUCAGUCCUCACGGUACCAGCCUCUCAACUAGAACUGCAAUCUAGGGCCGCGGCUCGUAUGAAAAAACUAGGUGUGCAGCUACAAAAUCAUGGCAAAGGUAACCAAACAGGAAGUCCACAAGUGGAUAAAAUAUCAUCUGCCUACAAGAAGUCUUUGAUUUCAAGGGACACAAUCCAGUCAGUUUCAAACAAUAUAAAUUCUCUCCCUUACCAAACAAUCCAAAGUAUAGGAGACCACACCGUUCCUUCUGUAGUUCAAACAUCACAAGAGACUCUUCAUGCUAAAGUAGACAUCUAUCAGGAAGAGGCCAAAAGAGAAUAUUGGAGAAAAAGACAUGGCUCAACUGAGAGUUUAAAUGAUGACUCCAUGAAUUCUAAUAGUGAUUAUAUUGAUAGUUGCUCAGAUAGAGGUUCCACUGACGGAAAGGUCCAUUUGGUGCAAAACGUAUUUCCCUUUUCUUGUAGUCCCGAAAAUGCUUGCUCUUCAAACUUGUUAGAAGCACUUUGCACAGAAUCUGUAACUGAAACCACACAUCUUGAGUUGAGCAAAUUUAAUGUCCAAGUACAAGAACAGUUUAAGACAAAUCUUCCAAUUAAAUUAACGAAAUCCACUGCAAAACUGAGUUGUUACCCAAAACAGUUUGUGCAGUGGAGGAAUAAAGAUAACCUUUGCUGGUUGGACGUGGUUCUGUGCCUAUGUGUUCACAAUGUUACAUUGAAACGGCAGGUGACAUUUGACACUGACUGUUUGAUUUAUAAACUUUUAAAAGCCCACAACCAAGCUCAGAGUUUGCUGAGUAAGUCCUCCUGUGAUGGGAACCAAGACUUAGCGAAUCAUUCUUAUAGGCAAUUAGCAAACACAGUAAGAGGUAUAAAUGACAAUGAAAAUAAGUCUCUUUUGAAGGAAAAUGAAAGUGCUUUCAAGAAGAAAGAAGUGCUUUUUGAUAAUUCUGAAAUAGAAAACAUUUUGAAUGGAGUCAGAGAAGAAGUGUGGCAGUUUCUUCAAACCAAAUUGAGAUGUAGUCGUGGACAACAUGAGAGCCCUGUGUUUGCAUUCCCCCUGUUUCUACGACAGAGUCCAGAAUUGUCUGAUGUGUUCAAAAUGAAAUACAGUUUUGAGUACAAGUGUUCUUGCUGCGAGUACACAGAGAGCCACAGCUUCGAGAACUUGCUGCCAACCUUUCCAGAACUUGUGGACAACUUUUCCAUUUCCUCGCCUUCCCAUAAGAAAAAGUGCCCAGAGUGUGGAAACUCAGAGGAUGUUCGGACCAUGGUGUAUAAAGACAUUCCUGAUGCACUGCUGAUGCACUUUACGUCUGGAUUACCCAGCAUGCCCCUGUCCGAUCUUCAACUGAAUCACCAUGGAAAUACGUACGCAGUGACGGGCUUGGUGCAAUAUCAAGAGGGGACAGACGUACCAAACCAUUUUGUGGCUUGGCUGAGGAAUCCUGAUGACAACAUGUGGAUGAAGUGUGAUGACCUUGACGGCUCAGUGUGCGCCUUCAACCACUCCCAGCCGUCUGUCCCAUCGUCACAGGUGCACAUCGUUAUGUGGGAAAAGGUCAUCCCAAAGACUCGAACCUGUCGCCAGCUUACCAUGGUGCCUGACCAUGACAACAGUAUAAGUUUCCAUGACGAUGUUAAAAAUCUUCUGAAAACAGACAACUGUGGUGUCGAUGAUAGAAAUCCUGACGAGGCUAACUUUUCUCAAAGAAAGGGCACUAAAAUGACAUUGUAUGAGCCAUUUAAGUUCGGGGGAACGCGGAACUUAGCACAGGGUUCUCAAAGCAGUGAUGCGUAUAAAAGUAGUGACCCAGAGCAAACCUCAGGGGGUAGAGUUUCUCUUGUAAAACAGUUUGUGGACGUUAAUCAUAAGCAAGACUUUAUGGACUCAGACAGUGGGUUAAGUUCAAUGUGCAAUGAACCAGUCAGGAUCACUAAGAGGAGGAAACCAGACCGCCGUGAUCUCAGCCCUUGUUCAGUGGCAAGUACCGAGUCCAGCGAGUCAGUUCAUCUGCCUAAAUUUGUUGACUUGACACCCGUGACCAGUUCUGUACAACGUCCCAUACCCUGUAGGUCCAAAAUGUCUUUGAUGUCCAUCAAUCAAAACUCUGGUCUAAACAUUGAAACAUCUAAAUCUUCAGUAUUGAAAGAGCAGGCUUAUGUUGGAAAUAUACAUGUAUCUAGACUUGAGACAAGAGUGGAUUCUGAGACUAAAGUGAAUUCGGAAAAAGCACAUCAAGAUGUUUGUGAUUCAGCUAAUUCUAUGAGUCUGGAGCCAGGCUUUGACUUGCCAUCUGUGGUGGUUGUCCCCUGUACGAAAUUGAAUGGGAUUGUGUCAUCUAUUAACCCAUCAACAGUAUUCUGUAAACCAAUUAAAACCUUGCCAGAAACAGUUCCAUCUGGUCCAUUGCCUGAAAAAUGUAUUGAAAUUCAAUCUAGUGUCACAACAGCCCGGGAAGGCUCUUUACCCCAAAGAAAUGAAAUAGACCUUAUGCAACCAGAAUCACAAGUGAUUACUAAAAUAUCAAAACCUCUUACAGUUCAAGUCCCAUCUGAAAGCAUCAGACGCUCUUAUAAUUCCACUCCUAAAUCUGGAAGUGCUUCUAGUCAGUCGAGUCGAUUUAAAUUGCCGCCAUUUUCGGGCCUAAACAAGAAGAAAACGACAAUUGAUCGAAAUGCAUUCUAUACACUAGAAAAGCAAAAGGUUGCAAACCAAGAAAACGUAAAGCUGAAUGAGGCCUCUUCAUUGAGUCAAGUGAAACAAUACUUGUUGACACGCACAGCUGGAACUGCAAGAACGAAAUUUGAAGGUUUAAACUUGAAAUCCAAUGUGGACAGUUCCUCUUGUUGUCCAGUAUUAAGUCAAUCACAUGAACAAUUGGCAAGUAGUAUAAACAUGCAUAAUACAUCAGCAAAUUCGGAAAAUAAUUCUAGUCAAAAUGGUGUUAAUAUGCGAAGCGCAAUGUCUUCCAUCCUAACAAAGAGAAAAAGCUUUUCAAAUAUGUCAGAUUUCCACCAUGUUGAUAAUAAAAAACCCAGAGAAGAAACAAGCACAAACAAUGAAACCAAUUCUUUGAAGGAGAAUUUCCCUAACAAGAAGAACUAUUCACAAAUCAGAAAACAGACUGUUAAGCCUGGUUAUACGGGUAAAAACAAGUCAAUGGUUGAUAAAUGGGCCACAGACUCAAUGAACAUCACAGGUCACUCAGAUACUCCAGAAUUCUUGAGGAAUUCAUUCGUUCCCACAGCAACCGAAAAAGAUCUCAUGGUUGGUUCAGAUACCGUUUUACAAGACCUGUACGACGCACUGAACAUUCCCUACAACCAUGUGCAGGACACUAUGACCAGCAUCAUGUCAGAUGUGGAUGACAUUCUUCAGUUUGUAGAUGCCAACAAUGCCUUCAGAGACGACAUGCGGGCAACCUCGCCAGAAUCCUGCAGGUCUAUACCUGUCUUCAAAGAGCACUUUAAAACUGAUUGCAUGGUCCGUAUACCCGGUCGAAAUUCAGCUUAAAUUUGGUGCAGAUGGAAAGAAAGAUUGAUGUUCUUGCUGAAUUACUUUGCCAGUACUUAGUCUGUCAUUGCAACCUCAAAACAGUGUGUUCAGUUAUGUAGCGGACACAAUGUUUUCAUUCUGCAUACACGUGUACAAUAUUAUUAGCCUAGUUACAAAUAGCUGUUUUGCUGGCUGUUGCAAGCUGUGGCUAUAUAAUUUUGCCUUCAGUUCUCAUGCUCACUUUUGGUGCAUUAUAAAUUACACAAGUUCAGACAACUCUACCUUCGAUAUCCGGUUGACUGACAUGUACACUGGCAUGUUAUGAUUUAAAUUUUGUGUACAAUUUGAAAAAUUGAAUUUAGAUGUCUUUCUGCAAUGUUGUUUGGUAAAGUAACUACAAAUAUGGAGAUUUACAUCUAUUCUUAAGUUCUCAAACCGUUUUCUUUCUGUAUUUCUUGUGCCAAAUCAAUUCUGUUGAGAAUGAGAGCUUAUUUCUUGUGGUCUAAUGUCAGACUUAAAAAUGCAGUUGUAUUCUGGUAGAUGUAUUUCGUGAUGUCACAUAAUUGAUGUAGGUUUCCUUAUGAAGCUGUUUGACGCUGUGAAGGCUGAGCGUUAUCUAAUUGUGAAUCAUGGAUAUAUGCUUUUAAUUAUCAAUUAAAUACGACAUGACGAAAUGGUUAAAUAUGUUCACGUAAAUAACGUAAAAUGAUAACGUUCUCUUGUGUAUUUUAUCUAGAUAACAAAGAUGAUGAUGGUGUUGUUGAUGAUGAUAAUGCUGGUGAUGGUGAUAACAUGAAAAUCACUGCAAAUAAACUGUGCGAGCACCAAUAUGGAACUAUCCGGCCGUCCGGCCGUCAGUACAAGUUGAGUCGUCAUGCAUCCGUCUGUCUGUCGAAAUGUGGAUUGAACUAAUGCAUGACUGUACUUCGGUUCAAGCAUUGGUUCAAUUGAAUCAGCGUAGAAGAUCGUCCAAGAAAGCAUUGUUAACUGUGUUUGCCAUGUCAACAGUCUGUUCAUGAUGUGUGG